GGCACCCUUCAUCUGGCAAUGCGGAGAGCAUUUCACAGCCAGGAGCCCAAAGGCAUCCACUUGCACCCACCUCUACAGAGACAGGAAGAAGGUGUGGGUGGAAAAAGCAGCCAUGGGCAUGGAGGAGAAUGCAGCAGAGUGAAGUUUGGGGAUCAGCCACAAUCUCAACGGAGAACUGCGAUAAGCCUUGCCACAGUGAUGGGCAUGGACAAGAGCUAAGUUUCUGCUCUCCCUGCCGGCUGAGAUUCCUGCUUCCAAGAGCUGGAGGUCACAGUGGCCAGGGGAUGUGCCUAGAACAUGGAUGCUUGAGGGCAACAGCUGAUUCUGUCAAGCUGGAGACACUGCAAUGGCUUUUAACAGCUCAGUAGUGCACCUAUAGUGACCCCUCAGGUGACCAAGGGUCCCCAACAUUGACUUGCCACCACUCUUCACCCUUGGCCAGGGAGCCUGCUUCCUGUUUGAGCCUCUGCACAGGGUGAGAUCCACACAAUACCUUCCCCUGGACCAGCCCCAAACACCCACACGCUGCUCUUCUGAUCCAGCUGAUUCACCUCGGCAUCCCCUGCUCCAUUCUCCCUGCUCCUUGCCCAGUUCCUGGGGAUGCAGGCUGAGCUCCUGAGCAUCCUCCUACUGGGGCAGCAAGAUGGAUGUGAUCAUGCUCCAUGGGCUGCUGCUUUUCCUUCCUGUGGCAGCCCUGCUGCUUUACUGGUACAAUGCCACCUUCCACUACUUCUGCAAGGUGGCCUUCUUCAACUGCUGGAUCGUGGCCAUGGCCACCCUCUUGGCCCCUUUUGUGGCUCUUCGAGGACGGUCUGUGGAGAACAUGAAGGUCCUGCGUGCUGUGAUCCUGCCCCUCAAACACUUCUAUGGCAUCAAGAUGCAAGUAUGGGGCUCUGAGCAUCUGAACAUCAAGGGUCCCUACGUGAUAGUUUGCAACCACCAAGCUUCCCUUGACCUUAUGGGCAUGGUGGAGGUCAUUCCUGACUGCUGUGUGCCUAUUGCCAAGAAGGAGCUCAUGUAUCUGGGCACUGUGGGAUGGAGCUGCUGGCUCAGUGGUGUGAUCUUCAUUGACCGCCACAAAAGAGAAGAUGCAAUCGAUGUUAUCUCCCAGACGGCCAGGACCAUGCAACGUGAAAAUCUCCGAGUGUGGAUUUUCCCUGAAGGCACCAGGAACCAGGACAAAUCCAUGCUGCCCUUCAAGCGUGGGGCUUUCCACUUGGCUGUGCAGGCUCAGGUUCCCAUUUUCCCCGUAGUGAUUGCCCCAUACUGGGACUUCUUCAGCUCAAAGGAUAAGAAAUUCACCUCUGGGACGUACACCAUCCGAAUCCUCCCCAAGGUGGAAACUUGGGGCCUGAGCUCAAAGGAUGUCCCCAAACUGACAGAAACUGUCCGCCAGGCCAUGGCUGAUGUCCUCACUGAGAUGUCUGCAAAUCACUGUGGUGACCAGCACACUGAGCAGGCUCCAGUCCCACGCUGUACUGGGACCAGUGCCGUCAGGAGGACCAGCAGCCUGCAGCAAGAGGAAGACACAACUGGAACCAGCAGUCAGGCAGAGGGACUGAGGCCCUCGGGGAUGUAAGGGAGGUGUCCCUGUCUCUUGUGCCCUGUGGAUGUGUUCACCAGACCUGUCACUGCCCUGGCAGCCUGCAAGAGCAGGAUGGUACCCGGGUGCAAGGGAAAGCAGAGCAGUGCAGGAUGGGGACUGGGCAGCAUCCUGAAAAGAAUCAUGGAAUGAUUUGGGUUGGAAGGGACUUUAAAGUCCAGUUCCAACCCCCUGCCAUUGGCAGCGACACCUCCCACUGGAUCAGGUUGCUCAAAGAUUCAACCAACCUGACCUUGAGCACCUCCAGAGAUGGGAGGUGAAGGGAAGCCACGACUUGACUUCUUCUUCAGGCAGCCUGGGCCGGGGCCUCCUCACCCUCAUUGUGAAGAAUUCCUUCCUAAUGUCUGAUCCAAAUCUUCCCUCUUCCAAUUUAAAGCCAUUUUCCUAUCCCUCCAGGACCUUGCAAAAAGCCCCUCCCCAGAUUUCCUGGCACCCCUGUCAGUACUGGAAGCUGUUCUAACAUCUCCCUGGAGCCUUCUUUUCUCCAGGCUGAACAACCCCAACUCCCUCAGCCUGUCCUCAUAGCAGAGGUGCUCCAGCCCUCGGAUCAUCUUCAUGGACUCCUCUGGAUUCAUUUUAACAGUUCCAUAACCUUCUUCUCUUGAAGACUCCAGAACUGGACACAGGACUCCAGGUGGAGUCUCAAAAGAGAGGAGCAGAGGGGCAGAAUCCCAUCCCUCGCCCUGCUGGACACACAGCUUUGGGCGCAGCCCAGGAUAUGGUUGGCCUUCUGGGCUCUCUAAGAACAGAGUCCAAGCUGCCCUCACAAACUCUUUGCCAUGCCUGUGCAUCCCCUCCCCGGGGCACUGCCUGUCUCCCCAAAUCUGGCACAAUUUUUGGGCCUGGACACUGAGCCCUAUGUGUCUGCAUGGUCCCUGCCCACACACCAGGUGGGGACGGAGUUUUGCCAGGCAGGAUUCGGGGUUUGCUGCACCAUUUUCCACCCCCGACUUGCAGUGGGGUUCACCCAUGGCCUUGCUGAGUUUCUUCUUCUGGAUGCUCCUGGCAAUGCUGUUCAGAUGCAGUCAGCUCUGGGGAGAGGUUCAGAGCACAGCAUGUGGCUGGGGACAGGUCAGGGGGUCCAGGGGAUAUCACCACGAGGGAGGAGCAUCCUUGAUGUUGAACUAUGAGAUUAGGAUACAAGAUUAAAAACUCCAGAUCUAGAGGUGUAUAUGCACGGUGUCCUGCCUGUGCCUCGGGUGCUGAGGGGAGUGUGGGGAGGGGGGAUCCAUCUCCUUGCAGUGAUGUGGGGCUGCUUGGGUCCUCACAGACACCAUGGCUUUUCCAUUGGGUGCAGUGAUGGAUGGCUUGUGGAGCACGUGGCAGAGUGAGAGUCACACCAGGGUGAGCUAGCUCUGCCGUCGAGGUAGACUUCUCCCUGCCUUGGUGAUGGGCAGUAGGUGCACAGGAGGAGCAGAAA